UAUUUCUCUUCUUUGGGGAAAUAUGUUUUGAAAUCCUUUGUCUAUUUUUAAUUUGUUGUUUAAAGAGUUCUUUCUGUAUUUUGGAUGGAAAUACCUUUUGAGAUACAUUAUUUGAAAAUAUUUUCUCCCAUAUUGGGCAUUACACAGUUGUAUUGUUGUAGUUCAGUUUACCCGUGUUUGUAGUGUUCGGAUGGAAUUGUUUUAAUUUGUUAAACUCUCUCAUGGUCCAGUGAGAUUGCACUCGUAGGUUCUGGUUUCUGUGUGAGGGAGGGUGUUCAGUCCUCAGCUUCUUUAGGACAGGCUUAUGUGUGUUUGGCCAGAGUUACUGCCCUGAAGGAUUCUUGCUAAGAGACAAAGAGAAAUUCUAUGAGGAAAAUACCUUUGUGACAUCAUUUCCUUGCGGUUGCAUUGCUUAAAUUAGCUGCUCUAAGUUUUGACCCCAAGGGAACAUUUGCAGACUGUUUUGAUUGUCACAGCAGGCUGGGAGGGUGCUGCCAGCCCCCACCAAGGACAGUGAUCUGGGCCAAAAUUAAGAAACCCUGGCCCAAACAGGGAGAUGAUAAAGCUUUAGCUAGUGAAGGAUUGGUCUUCAUUUCCUGUCUUGAGAACCAAAUAAAGGUUACCAGUCAAGUAAAAGGAGAAUCUGUGCAGAGGUACCCCCAAGGACAGAGGUGACAGAACUCGUAAAGUAAACCAGGAAACAUUUUGCUGAAAUCUCAGUGCUGCCAAUUUGUAUGUAAAUUACAUUUAUGAUAAUGGAUAUUAUUUGGAGGUAAAAAUACUAGUUAGAGCAAAAGUACAUUAUUCUGUGUACCUUACUUAGCCUCUGGGCCACUGUGGGAGAGACUACACACACACCAUACCAUGCCAUCUUAGCAAGUAAACAAAUUGAGUUGAUUUAGAUUGAUGAAAUGAUGGCCAUUAAAAAAAAAAGAUUUAUUUAUUUGAAAAGCAGAGUUAGAGAAAUCUUCAUCCACUGGUUCACUCCCCAGAUGGCUGCAAUGCCUAGGGCUGGGCCAGACUGAAGCCAGGAGCCUAGAACUGUAUCCGGGUCUCCCACAAGGAUGGCAGGGGCCCAAACACUUGGACUGUUUUCCACUGCUUUCCCAGGUACAUUGCAGGGAGCUGGAUUGGAAGCAGAGUAACCAGACUUCAACCAGUGCUUACACUGAGUGCUGGCAAUGCAGGUAGCAAUUCAGCCUGCUGUACCACAAUUCUGGCCUCAAAAUGAUGGUCUUUUUUGAGAGAAUUGGACCAUGAGUUUUUCUUUUUCUUUUUCUUUUUUUGGCCAGGCAGAGUUAGUGAGAGAGAGAGACAGAGAGAGAGUUAUAGACAGUGACAGAGAGAAAGGUCUUCCUUCUGUUGGUUCACUCCCCUAAUGUUCGCUUAUGGCCAGCGCUGCGCCUAUCUGAAGCCAGGAGCUGGGUGCUUCCUCCCGGUCUCCCAUGUGGGUGCAGGGACCCAAGCACUUGGGCCAUCCUCUGCUGCCCUCCCGGGCCACAGCAGAGAGCUGGACUGGAAAAGGAGCAAAUUGGACUAGUACCUGGCGCCCCAACUGGGACUAGAACCCCGGGGUGCCGGUGCCGCAGGUGGAGGAUUAGCCAAGUGAGCCACGGCGCCGGCCGAGAUUUUUUUUUUUUUUAUGAUUUUAUUUGAAAGGCAGAGUUACACAGAGAAAGAGACAGAGAGAGAGCUUCCAUUGCUUGUUCACUCCCCAGAUGGCCUCAAUGGCUGGGGCUGGGCCAGACUGAAGCCAGGAGCCUGAAACUCCAUCCAGGUCUCUCACAUGGGGGGCUGGAACCCAGAUACUUGGGCCAUCUUCCACUGCCUUUCUCAGACUGUUAAUAGGGAGCUGGAUGGGAAAUAGAGCAGCCAGGACUUGAACCUGUACCCAUAUGGAAUGCUGGCAUUGCAGGCUGCGACUUUACCUGUUGUGCCACAGUGCUGGCCCUUAGAAGACGAGAUUUUAAGAUAAAAUUCAGUAACUGUGAUAGUGUAGUGAUUGGCAAUCAUCAGUCUGCUCCUAUAAUGCAUGGAAGUAGCUUUAUUUUUCUUGUAAGCUACUUACUACUUACGAGUUUCCUUAAGCAGCAUGGUGUACUUAAGAGGUGGUUUUGUUUUUUUGUUUUUUUGUUUUUUUGUUUUUAAUUUAUUUAUUUGAAAGGUAGUGUUACAGAGAGGCAGAGAUGGGGAGAGCAACGGAUCUUUCAUCCGCUAAUUCACUCUCCCCAAAUGGUUGCAUUGGCCAGGCUGGGUGAGGCCAAAACCAGGAGCCAGGAGCUUCUUCCAAGUCUCCCAGUGAGUGCAAGGGCUCAAGCACUUGGGCCAUUCUCUGCUACUUUCUCAGGCACAUUGGCAGGGAGCUGGGUUGAAAGUAGAGCAGCUGGGAUUUGAACCAUUGCCCGUAUGGGAUGUUGGUGCUGCAGGUUGUGGUUUUAACCCACCGCACCACAGCACCUGCCCUCGUGCUUAAAGAGUUUACACUCUGGUCACCCAGUGUCUGGCCUAAGUCUCAGUUUCAACAGUUAACUUGUGUGACCUUGGACGAGUUACUUCACCAUGUGAAAGGAUGUACUAGUAACCCUCUCACAGUGGAGUGCUGUGUGCGUGCAGUGAGUGAACACGCUUCGAGCACUUCCCCAGUUCCUGACAAUCAGGGCUGCAUUAGUACUGGCCACUUGUGUUAUCACACAUUUAUCUUGUUCCUGCAGCCCAUUGCUAUGGACAGUGCUGUCACCCUGUGGCAGUUCCUUCUUCAGCUCCUGCAGGAGCCGCAGAAUAAGGACGUCAUCUGCUGGACCUCGAAUGACGGGGAGUUCAAGCUCCUGCAGGCGGAGGAGGUGGCUCGGCUGUGGGGGGUCCGCAAGAACAAGCCGACCAUGAACUAUGACAAGCUCAGCCGGGCCCUCAGAUACUACUAUGUGAAGAAUAUCAUCAAAAAAGUGAAUGGUCAGAAGUUUGUAUACAAGUUUGUCUCUUACCCAGAGAUUCUGAAGAUGGAUCCAAUGACAGUGGGCAGGAUUGAGAGAGACUCUGAGACUUUGAACUUCAGUGAUGUCAGUAGCAGUUCCAAAGACUUGGAGAACGGCGGGAAAGAGAAGCCCCUUCAGCCUGGCGCCAAGACCUCCAGCCGAAACGACUACAUUCACUCUGGCUUGUAUUCCUCCUUCACUCUCAACUCUUUGAACUCCUGCAGUAAGAGGCUUUCCAAAUCCAUGAAGAUUGAGAGCCCGCCUGAGAGACUGGCAGAGAAGAAGUCUCCUCAGGAGCCAGCACCGUCUGUCAUCAGAUUUGUAACGACACCUUCCAAAAAGCCACCUGGUGAACCUGUGGCUGCUGCUGUUUCCAACGGCCCCGCUGUCUCUCCGUCUUCAGAGGAAACUAUCCAAGCAUUGGAGACACUGGUGUCCCCAAAACUGCCUUUCCUGGAGGCCCCAACUUCCGUGUGCAGCGUAUCCACCACUUUGCCCAGCACAGCUCCCGCUUCGUCCCUUUCCCCUCCCUUGCAGGAGCCUCCCAGCAGCACGCCCUCGCCCCCACUGAGCUCGCACCCAGACGUCGACACAGACGUUGACUCGGUGGCCUCCCAGCCCGUGGCACUCCCGGAGAACUUGUCGCUGGAGCCUGAAGACCAGGAUUCUGCUUUGCCAGAAAAAGACAAAACCAAUAACUCAUCAAGAUCCAAGAAGCCCAAAGGGUUGGAACUGGCACCCACCCUUGUGAUCACAGGCAGUGAUCCAAGCCCACUGGGAAUACUAAGCCCUUCUCUCCCUACAGCGUCUCUUACACCAGCCCUUUUCUCACAGACUCCCAUCCUCCUGACUCCAAGCCCCUUGCUGUCCAGCAUCCACUUCUGGAGCACUCUCAGCCCUGUGGCUCCCCUGAGUCCAGCCAGGUUGCAAGGUGCUAACACACUUUUCCAGUUUCCUUCUGUCCUGAAUACUCACGGGCCAUUCACUCUCUCUGGCCUGGAUGGACCUUCCACCCCUGGCCCAUUCUCCCCAGACCUACAGAAGACAUAACCUGUGCACUUGCGGCAUGAGAACCAAGGAGCAGAGAGACAGAGACACCUGGCGCGACUGCGCUUGAAGUGAGUGGGUGGUGGUUCUACAGUGCUGACAGCAGGCCGCUGGGAUUUCUGCUGUUCCCGUGAAGCGCCUUUGGAGGAUGCCCUUGACCAGGACUCGAGUGGACUGUGUAUAAAGAUGCCUUAACUGGAGCUCGAACUCCACCUCCCUCUCUUUUCUUUAACUUUUUUUUUUUUUU